AUGCUGGUCUUCUCAAGAGUGAUGUACAUCACAUUGUUAUUUCUUCUUUAUUCUGUUUGUAGUAUGUAUAAUCGUCUAGGAAUUUGUUCCAGAGAGUAUUUUCCUGUCUGUGGAACCAAUCGCCGAACUUAUAUCAACAAAUGCUUUUUCUGUAUUGCAUACAGAGAAAGCCGUGGUCUCGUUGAUUUGGCACAUUAUGAUGCACGUUCCAAAGUUAAGUAUGAUGAGAAAUGUAAGGCAGCGGAAUGGCCAACUUAA